GCGUUUCACCGCAUCGUCGCAAGCAUUCUUGAGAUCCGUCAAAUUGGAAUUAUUUAUCUUGACUAUCUCGCGGUCUUCCUGGGGUAUGACGAUACUGAGCGGUCCUGUGGGUAUGUCUGGCGACGGUGGCAGCGAUGGGGAGCGAGGUGGACUCGACGACGAUGCCUCCUGGCCAUUUGCUGGUUUCCUUGAGCGAGCCAUUGUGGACGUCGCAGUUGCGUUGUGGCCCGGCAGCGACAAAGAAAUGGAAGGUAGUAAUGAACCGUGUACAAGGGCCUCGACGUGUCGUGGGUACCGCCACGUGGCUCAGCGUGGAGGCCAGCCUUUGGUUUCAGUCUUGCUUCAUCCGUUCCUCGUCGCUGCCACCGCUGAGCUCGACUAUUUUGAAUGUCCUUGAACCGCCAUAUUGCAGUUAUUGGCGGCGGUCUUACUGGUCUUUCCUCUGCAUUUCAUCUCUCUCGACGAUUCCCAAAUGCUCUCAUCACGCUCUUCGAAAAACACAAUCGUCUUGGUGGAUGGGUGCGAAGCGAGCGCGUCGACGUGGGUCCGUCACAGCAGAUGGUUCUAGAGGCCGGCCCUCGUACAAUACGGCCCAAUGCGAAAUCCAUUCUGGAGUUGGUCCAUCUCCUAGGCCUCAAGGACUCAUUGAUAACAGUUCCAAGAACUGCAGCGGCAGCACAAAAACGAUUUCUUUAUAUUCCUGAGGUUGGACAAAUACAAUCUCUCCCUGCGUCUCUCUCGUCUCUUGUGGUAUCACCUUUUCGAUCCAUAUUACUGCCGGCGAUUCUUCGCGAACCAUUCAGACAAGCUAACAGGGCCUGCGGCUUGACGGACGAAAACUUUGACAGUUUUAUGACUCGUCGAUUCGGGGAGGAUCUUGCUCGUACGCUCGGUAGCGCGUUGGUCCACGGCAUAUAUGCAGCGGAUUCCAGGAAGCUCAGUGUGCGAGCUGCAUUUCCUUUUCUUUGGAAGGCUGAAGAGAGAGGGUGGGGAAGCGUCGAUCUUGGAAUUCUACGUUCAUUUCAAGAGGAGGACGACGUAUCUGAAUACUUGAUGGGAGAUAUACCUGGGAAGAUGAACGGUGUAUCUGUCUUUUCUUUUCGGAACGGAAUGUCUACCCUAACAGACGCCUUGAGAAGCCACCUUAUGCAACAACCUAAUGUUCAACUCCUGGCCGAUACCUCAGUCACCUCGCUAGAUGUGAGUGAAACAGAAAUAAAGGUUAAUAAAGGCAUGCUAAAGCCUACGUAUGUUGUGUCCACCAUUCCACUGUCGGCUCUUCAAACACUUUUGCCUUCCCUGCCUCAUCUAACUGCCAAUCCAUCUUCCUCCGUAACACUCAUCAACCUCGUCUUCCCCGUACCGCCGAAUACCUUCCAUCCUCCAGGCUUUGGCUACCUCAUCCCCCGUCCCAAGGAUGACUAUUCUCUUUCCACGCCGGGUAUUCUAGGCGUCAUUUUCGACUCUUGCUCCCUUUUCUCCCAGGACACGCCGACCACCAACGAUUCCUUCACAAAAAUUACCGUUAUGCUUGGCGGUCCUCAUCCAUUGACAGAGGAGCAUAUUAAGAUCCCUGUAGUGAUUUCUCAGCUCGAGAAGCACUUUGGGACGAAGCUACCGGAUCCGGUGCUAACGAGAACUUAUCACCAUGAUAAAUGCAUACCAACCUUGACGCCGGGGCAUUUGGAUCGUAUGGCUGAAUUGAAGGAGGCAUUGAAAAGUGGCGUGUGGAGAGGAAGACUGGAGGUCAUUGGAGCUGGUGUGGGCGGUGUUAGUGUUGCAGACUGUGUUGAUGCGGGGAAAAGGGUAGGGUCUUUAUGGUAGAUGUUGACGGCAUAGUUAAAAAGAUGUAUACUAGACUUUCGUCGCCCCAUCAAUAGCUGGGUUAAUGAAUACAAAUUCCCAUCUUUAACAUUUAUUUAAUACACAGCGAACUUCUGCUUUUUCGGUUGUGAAUCGAAGUUUCUUUACAACAAAGUCCCGAAGAACC